AUGCUCCUUAUAGUGGUGGCCAGUGGGAAAAAAUUCUCCUUACAUUAAUGGUCAGUGGAAAGAAUGUCCCUUACAUCGGUGGUCAGUAGGAAAAAUUCUUACAUUGGUCAUCAGGAAAGGAUGCCCCUUACAUUGGUGGUCAGUAGGAAGAAUGCUACUACAUUGGUGGUCAGUGGGAAGAAUGCUACUACAUUGGUGGUCAGUGGGAAGAAUGUCCCUUACAUUGGUGAUCAGUGGGAAGAAUGCGUCUUACAUUGGGGAUCAGUGGGAAGAAUGCCCCUUACAUUGGGGAUCAGUGGGAAGAAUGCCCCUUACAUUGGGGAUCAGUGGGAAGAAUGCCCCUUACUUUGGGGGGGUCCCCUUAGUCAGGGGAAGAAUGCCCCUUACUUUGGGGGGUCAGUGGGAAGAAUGCCCCUUACUUUGGGGGGGGUCAGUGGGAAGAAUGCCAAUUACAUUGGUGGUCAUUGGGAAGAAAGCCCCUUACUUUGGGGGUCUGGGACAAAUGCUCCUUACAAUGGCGGUCAUUGGGAAGAAUGCCCCUUACAUUGGUGCUCAGUUGGAAGAUUGCUUCUUACUUUGGGGGUCAGUGGGAUGAAUGCCCGCCUUACAGACAGCUAA